AUGGCUUCUCCUGCCCAUUCCAUCCUCAUACUCACACUUAUCUUCUCUAUGAUGUUCCUAGCACUUAUCUCACCGGCGAGUGCUCAACCCACAGGAUUACUUCAGCGUCGAACGGCAAGGAAUGUCGCUCCCAACCCGUCGGUACAGCUAAAACAGGUAACUCGUACCGAGUUGAUCGAACGAGCCAAACGAAAAGCUACAAGGACCACUAAAAGGCAAGCAGCACCAUCUUGCAGCACCUCGGACAACCGGCAGAUGUUCACCGAUGCGUUAGGUGGUAUAGCUGCACCUGCGGUGUAUGGUUGUUCUGGUACAUGGAUGACUUCGGGUCAAAGGUACAAUUUCGAAAUUGACGCACUCAAUGCGAGUUGUUAUGAGCAGAUGCAGCAGUGUCAGCUGGCGGCCAACCAGGGUGGUAACAAGGGUGAUCUCACGGUGUCAAAUUGUGAAGGGAAGCAAGCACAGGCUUGUCUGAAAUUAGCAUCGGAAACCGCAUCAUAG